AUGUCAAAGAGCAAGAGAAGAAACAAGACUAAAGGAGGGGCUCCACCACAACAACCAACAAAUGACAUGAAACAACAACACCAGAUCCACGAAAGAACAACCAGCAGUGUGACCAUGGAAGAUUCUUUCAGUAGGAUACCUGCCUUGGUAUCACCUCAACACGAAGAAAACGACAAGAUGAUGAUGGAUCCACCUUCGGUUAUCGUCUCUAUCACCAAUGACACCAAUCUUUCUGAUGUUGAUAACCACUCCAUCUUAUUCGGCGACGACGACUAUAACUCGGGCAUGUACCAUGGAUUGCGGGGUCGUCGAUACUGUCUUUCCUCGCUUCGAUUCUUUGGUAUUACCGCCAUUCUCUGGAUGUCACAAUUCAUUGUCUCGAGUUCCAUGAAACACUUUGGCGUUGUUCUAAUAGAAGGGGACGCUAUUGUCGACAUGAGCUUUGAACGCUUUGAUCUCGUGGCACAACGAGUCCUCCCACAGUUGCAAGAAAACUGGAACAACAUGUUCAACGAGUCAUCUGCAUUGGCAGCCACCUAUUACACACGACAAUCCCAACGACCCGGGUAUCUACUCGCACAACAGGGUGCCACGGCCAACUUUCCCGUAAUCAUGAUUCCGGGAUUUGUCACGAGCGGAUUGGAAGUUUGGCAGAGCAAAGAAUGUGCCAAAAAGUACUUUCGACAACGCAUAUGGACCGGAUUGGAAUCCGCAAGAGCCUUUUUCGCCGACAAGAAUUGCUGGAGGGAACACUUGGCACUUGAUCCACAUUCGGGCAUGGAUCCGGAAGGGAUUCGACUCCGAGCGGCGGAAGGAUUUGAAGCGGCAGAUUACUUUAUGGCCAAUUAUUGGGUGUGGGAAAAGUUACUGGAGAACUUGGCAGAUCUGGGCUACAGUCCCAGCACCAUGUCCAUUGAACCCUAUGAUUGGAGAAUGGCCUUCCCCCUUCUGGAAGAACGAGAUGGAUAUUUGACCAAACUCAAAUACAAGAUUGAAGCCAUGCAAAAGUCCACGGGGAAAAAGGUCGUACUCACGUCGCACAGUAUGGGCGCACAGUUGGUGCACUUUUUCUUCAAGUGGGUCACCACGCCGCAAAGCCAAGGAGGCGGCGGUGGUGGCAGAAAGUGGGUCGACCAGCAUGUGCAUGCCUACAUUAACAUUGCGGGAUCGCACUUGGGGGUCCCCAAGGCGGCUUCGGCGCUCCUGUCGGGAGAAAUGAAGGAUACGGUCAUCAUGGGGACCAUCGGAAAAAUGACGGAACAGUUCUUUGGCCGCAAGCUUCGCAAGGACCUCUUCAAUACAUGGGGGUCCCUCUGGGGCCUGUUGCCCAAGGGCGGAGAGAGGAUCUGGGAUAUUGGAGCGGAUGUUUGUUACGGGGUCUCGGACCCCGAAGAUCCGUUUUGCAAGGAUCGAGUAAAGGCAGCCAAAGAAGGGACAACCUAUGACUCCAUUCCUUUCCUUUUGUUGCACGAUGCGGAGGAAACCAACAAAGAGGAACCCGAGGAGUGUACAUCCGAUGACGAAGAGGCGGAGGAUGAAUGCCCUCUACUAGUAGAAACCAUCUUUGAAAUCCCAGAAGACGAUGGAAGUAUCAACGCCACCAUCUCUGCCUUUGCCCAGACAAAGGAAGCAACAACCGGAAACGUCAUCAACUUUCUCCGCGAGUGGGGCGCUGGGUUUGGAGAAUCACUCUCGUCAGCCUCCCUUUAUAAAGAUUACGGCAAUGUCAAGGCCAAGCCCAAGAACAAACCAAAGGUAGAAUGGCUAGAUGCUUCCAUUACACCCCUCCCUUAUGCUCCCAACCUCAAGAUCUUCUGCCUCUAUGGGGUUGGCCUUGACACGGAACGCAACUACUUUUACAAGGUCCACGAAGAAGGCGGACGCAAUGUCGGCAUGAUGGCGAACCCGGUGAACAAGAGCAGCAAUGAUAAGCCCAACAGUCCCAGCGUAGAGCUCCCGUUCGUCCUGGACAUGGGAGUCGAUGAUCCCGACCGCAACAUCAGGCACGGUAUGCGAUUUACGGAUGGCGAUGGCAGUGUGCCAAUUGUGUCACUGGGAUACAUUUGCGGCGAUGCUUGGCAACGCAAGGAUUCUGGCUUGAAUCCAAGUGGAACCAAAGUCGUUACCGUGGAAUACAAGAACAAGCAAGAGUUCACACCCGACGAUCCUUUCCGCGGCGGGCCCAGAAGUGCCGAUCACGUUGACAUUCUGGGAAAUUUGGGAAUGACGGAGGACUUUUUGAGGGUCGUUUCUGACUUCGAACCCCGAACGGAGAAUCACUUUGAAAGCAAUCUCCGAGAAGUUGCGGAUGAGAUCAAUCGGCAUCCCAGAGGAGGCAUCUUCAAAGAGAAGAACAUAUUCGAAAGGCUAACUACAGCCGUCAGCCACAAAGCAAAGUGA